AUGUAUACAUGUCUGAAUGUGUCGUCGAUCGUUCAAGCGGUGGUGAAACAAGCAAUCGCCAACGAAUCAAGGAUGGGCGCAUCCUUACUCCGCCUUCAUUUUCACGACUGCUUUGUUAACGGGUGUGACGGGUCGAUACUGUUGGAUGACUCAGUGAACAUAACAGGAGAAAAAACCGCUGGUCCAAACAACAAUUCUGUAAGAGGAUUCGACGUGAUCGAUACCAUCAAAUCACAAGUCGAAGCAAUUUGCAGUGGAGUUGUGUCUUGUGCAGACAUUCUCGCUAUUGCUGCUCGUGAUUCUAUUGUCGCGUUGGGAGGGCCAACAUGGACAGUUCAGUUGGGAAGGAGGGACUCGUUGACUGCGAGCCUAACCACUGCAAACAGCAACAUUCCGUUUCCUGCAUUGAACCUCAGGGGACUCAUCUCAGCAUUCAGUGCUCAAGGUCUUUCUACCAAGGACAUGAUUGCCCUUUCAGGUGCUCAUACAAUUGGUCAAGCUCGGUGUACCAUUUUCAGAACGCACAUCUACAAUGAAACCAACAUCAACAGCACAUUCGCGAGUUCUGUGCGGGCUAACUGCCCUUUCAGUGGUGGAGACAACAAUCUGUCCCCCUUAGAUGUACAAACUCCCACUACCUUUGACAACGAUUACUACACAAAUCUGAUGAGCCAGCAGGGACUUCUCCACUCCGACCAUGAGCUUUUUAAUAAUGGAUCAGCUGACUCUCAGGUUACUACCUACGCUAAUAACCGAAGCACUUUCUUCACGGAUUUUGCAGCUGCCAUGGUGAAUAUGGGAAACAUAAGCCCUCUCACGAGAAGCAGUGGAGAAGUCCGAAAGAACUGUCGGAAGCCUAAUUGAAUGAUGUCUUCAUAUCUUCGAUUCAGAUAUUGCUUUUGUUCUAAUAAUUCCUGAAGUGUUCUCCAGCUAGUUAAGUUAUUCGAUAAGUUCGACAUAUUUGGGGCACGUAAAGCUUGACAGCGUACAUCAAGUAUGAGAGCUAUGAGAUGACAAGAACCCUACUUUGUUAACGAAUUCUUGAAGGAGAGAUAUA